AACAAAUCAAGAGUCACUACUUUUAUUUUGAAAUCUCCACCGGAUGUUCAGAACUUCAGAACUACUGGUGCUGUAGCGCUUUAUGUGGAGAGAGACUGCAGGAAAAAAAACAGCAGGCAUGGCGGGGCGCGGGAAAAGAAAACCCAGGUCUUCGCCGCAGACAGAAACACCAAACGGGGAGGUGAAAAAAGCAAAAGAAGGGCAAAGGGAUGAGAAGACUGUUGCAGGAGAAAUGAAAGAAGAAGUAGAAAGAUUGUACAAGCUACGCAUGCCUGAUGAUUUUUUCCAGUUUUGGGAAUUUUGCAAGAGUCUUCGUGCUGACUGUCCACAAGAUGCCCUAAAGGAAACACUUGGGCUUCGGCUUGUUGGCCCGUUUGAUAUCCUGUCCAAAAAACAUAAGAGCUCGUCGUCCUCUCAGCCCAACUUUCACCUUCAUUGGCGUCAUUUCUAUGAUCCCCCAGAGUUCCAGACAAUCAUACUGGGCAAUGUAGACACCCAGCACCACAUGGGCUACUUUAGAGAUUUGCCUGAUGCUUUACCUGUGUUCAUUGGGGAGAAUGAAGCCAAGAAGGGCUGUACCAUCACACAGAUGGGGGACAACAUCUUUGGAGCAGUUCUGCUGUUUUUGCAGAAGAAAAGAAAGGAGAGGGGACAACAGAAGAACGAAGCUGCUUUGGACAGGUUAGAAAAAGAUUUGAAGCGAGAGGCAGAGAGGUUGGAUUUGCCUCUAGAGCAGAAAACUAAAGCAAUGAAACAAAGAGAGAGAAAGGUGGUCACAAAGACAUUUCAUGGAGCAGGAAUUGUGGUUCCAGUGGAUAAAAAUGAUGUUGGAUAUAGAGAAUUGCCAGAAACCGAUGCAAGUCUGAAGAAAAUUUGCAAAGCGAUUGCAGAGGCCAAAGAUGAUGAGGAGAGGAUGAAAGCUUUCGCGCCCAUUCAGGAAAUGAUCACCUUCGUUCAGUUUGCCAAUGAUGAAUGUGACUACGGCAUGGGCUAUGAGCUUGGGAUAGACCUGUUCUGUUAUGGCUCACAUUAUUUCAAUAAAGUGGUACGUCAGCUACUGCCAAUGGCGUACAAUCUGCUGAAUAGAGGUCUGUUUGGAGAGAUACUGGAGGCGCACCUCGCCAGUCGUUCCCAGGACAACCUUGACCAGCUCGCUGCUGUCUGACGUAUAUUGAGAGGAUAAGCUAUUCAUAAUGACUUCCUGUAAAUGGUGUCGGGGUGGGGUCAGAGACAGAUUACACUGCACUAAAUUACGCUGUUAGGUACUGCUGCUUCAUUGAAAAUGCUACAAAGCCCAUGAAAGGUUAGUUUCUUAAACCUGAAGUACUCUUACUUUUAUAAAAGAUGUAUUGGAUCAUUAAAUAUAAGCAUUUCACUUUGCAUACAUGUAAUUGGUUUAACUUAAUUCGAAUGAAUUGGCACAUAUGUGUUUUUUUUAAGUAACUCAGUGUUCACUUAAGUUUAGCCUUAAACUAAUAGUGAAAUCAAAUUGAGUUUUCCUCUCCAGGUUCUACAUCAUGAGAAUCAACAUUUUGUGAUUAACACUGUGCCUUUCCAAAACCUGAUUCUCUUUCAUUCACAACCAUAGAGAAAUGAGUUACAGCAGAUGAGAGUUCAGUAUGUUACAUAUAUUAUUUACGAUUACGCUUUCUGCAUUGCCAUUAACAUAUUUUGCAUAACCCAGUUGCUUGAAAUCAAAAGGUCCUUCAGUUUACCAGUUUAUCUGUGCAGUGAGUCUUGAGUUUGAAGUUUAUGUUUGUGAAAGCAGAAUGUACAAUACAUAGAAUAAGCAGCUGAUUCUUGGUUUUGAUUGUUAAAAUGGUACUUUAAGUAAUCUGUACUGAGAAAAUGAGUUUUUUUUAGUGUAAAGUUAUUACUGUCUCUGUUCACCAUUGUUAUAAUUCCGUUAUUGUCGCCCAGUACUGUUCCAAAGUAGAUGUUUAAUAAAGUGUAUAUUUUUUA